CGCUGAUUGGCUAGAGCGCGCGUAGGCGUCGGGGAAGGCUCGGGAUGUCUCUGGCUCGUGGGCAGCUGUUCCGCCGGCUUGGGGCGCUCAGCGGGGCUGCAGCGGUGGGGGCGGCCGCCUACGGGGCUCACGGCUUCCGCCGCAGUGACCGAGAUGACUACUUGAAAGAGCUCUUCGAAACGGCCAACCAGUACCACUUUCUCCACAGCCUGGCGCUGCUGGCUGUCCCCCACUGCCGGUACCCGAUGGUGGCUGGGACCAUCCUCUCCUCAGGCAUGGGGAUGUUUUGUGGGACCUUCUACUACCAUGCCCUGACCGGAGAUUCCACUUUCACCAAAAUGGCACCCGUUGGCGGAACCCUCCUGAUCCUUGGCUGGGCUGCUAUGGCUCUCUGACACCUCCCACCAUGAAGGGGUAGGCCUGGGGUGUCCACCGGCAAAAGGAAGACGCCCGUCAUCAGGAAGACCCCGUUGUCAAAGGAGGGGAAAGCUCGACUGAAGCUGCCAGCCCGGUGUUUUGAUACCUCACGUUUGUAAUCUUCAUCUUUUGGGGCUUGGAUUUUUAAAAAAUCAAACACUAGUUUUAUUAAUGCUGAAAUGACUUUAUUGGCCAGGAGAGAAUCAUGUUAAACUGUCUCCUUUGCCCUGAAAGGGAUGGAAGCCGCCGACUUGUUCAGGGCUGGAAACGGAAUAAAUGAAUGUGAUCUGC